GCAAGAUGGGCCAUCACUGGCCUUAGCCUGUCACGUUAGUGACACAGCAAAUAAAAAAAAAAAAAAAAGAAGAAUGAAGAUUCUUGAGUGAAUCAGUGUUGCGACGCCGCGAAAUUAUCAUCGGAAGUCACUGUAAAUCGAAUAUAAUAAUAAUCGUAAAUAAUAACAUAAUCGAACACUAACCUAACGGGCGAGAUAGAUCGCUAUAGGUCCCAGCCUUGUCAAGUUGACACACCAGCAAAUAAUAAAAAAAAAAGAACAGUGAAGAGCAUACACGGUCUAAUUUUCUACAUAACAACACAGUUUUGGUAGCUGCAGCUACAUUUUUCGCAGAAUAAUGAAAUCGGACCAGAUACAGAAUGGUAUUCAUACUGGUGAGCGACCGUACAAUUGCACUAUAUGUAGUAAAAGUUUUGCCACAAAAAUUGAACUAGGUGUACACAUGCCAACGCACACGGGUAAUUAUAGGAAUAAGUGUGAUGUGUGCGGAGAAGGAUUCACCGAAAUAUUGGAUUUGAAAGACCAUAAAAACAUUCAUACAGGAGAACGGCCGUAUAAAUGCAGUGUAUGCGAAAAAGAUUUCGCUUCCAGAAAGGGCCUAACCUAUCACAUGUUAAUUCACACGGGUGGUCGACAUCAAUGUGAAGUGUGCGGCAAAGAAUACUCUAGAAAAUAUGCCUUGAAAAUGCACAAACGCAUUCAUACAUCUGAUCAGUCGAUUGAUUCGUCAUCAAUCGAUCCAAAAUUAAAUCACACGCGUGAUCGAUUUCAAUGUGAAGUGUGUGGCAAAGAAUACACUAGAAAAUUUACCUUGACAUUGCACAAACGCAAUCAUAUUUUUGAUCAGUCGCUCGAUUCGUUACCAAUCAAACCAACAGACCAAGAACGCGUCAUUUUGGCCAAACAGAAGAAUAUAACAAACGAAUCCACAAAACUAGAAGGCAGCGACAAGGUAAAUGAACAAAUAGGGUUCACCGAUGGUAGUGAUUCUGUUAGCUGCAAUGAAGUUAAUCAAAGUGAAAUGGUAUCCGAUCAUAUACAGGAUGUUACACCAAACAAGGAGCAACCAUCAACUAGCUCAGUAACAUCUUCCACACCGGAAAACAAUUUUCCUAAUCAAUACAAAUGCCAGAUUUGUGAUGAGCUACUUCCUAACGAGAAUUGUUUACAUAAGCACGUUUUAUUGCAUGGAAGUGAGUUAUUAUUUAGUUGUGGUAUUUGCAGUAAAAAAUAUUCUUCUGAGAGCCAUUUAAGAAAACAUAUGAUCACCCAUACCGCAGAGAAAUCGUUUGCUUGUGAUGUAUGCGGCGAAGGAUUUCGUAACAAGCAAGCAUUGGAGUUCCACAACAGUAUUCACACCGGAGAGCGGCGGUAUAAAUGCACUGUUUGCGAAAAAAGCUUUGAUACCAGGAGAAAUCUAAGCAUACACAUGUCUAGACAUACGGGUCAUUACAAGCUUACUUGUGAUGUAUGCGGCAAAGGAUUCAAUCAGAACCAAUCCUUGAAGUUCCACAAGAUGAUUCACACCGGAGAGCGGCCGUGUAAAUGCACUGUUUGCGGAAUAAGUUUUGUUGACAACAAUAGUCUAAGAGGACACAUGUCUACACAUACGGGUCAUUAUAGGCAUAUGUGUGACGUAUGUGGCAAAGGAUUUCGUGACAAACAAAAACUUAAGUACCACAGCAAUACUCACACCGGAGAGCGGCCGUACAAAUGCACUGUGUGCGACAAAAAGUUCUACGCUCAGACGGAUCUUUCCAACCAUAUGCACCUUCAUGAUGGCAAGCACAAGUGCACGAUUUGUGGCAAAAUGUUUACCACUAACGCUAAUCUAAGAAUACACACGUAUACCCACACUGGUUCGUAUAAGUAUAAUUGUGAUGUGUGCGGUAAAGGCUUCGUGUAUAGAUUGCAUUUGAAAAACCACAAAAUUAUUCAUACAGGAGAGCGUCCGUAUAAAUGCAGUGAAUGUGAAAAAGAUUAUACUAAUAAACAGGCCCUAAACAAACACAUGUCAACUUGUAUGGGUGGGAGAUAUAAGUGUGAUGUAUGUGACAAAGAAUUUCGUGACAACCAAACAUUGAAUUUGCACAAAAAUAUUCAUAUUGGUGAGCAACCGUACAAAUGCACUUUAUGCGAAGAAGAUUUCUACACUCAACCGGAUUUCAUCCGUCACAUGCGUACGCAUGCAGGCGAGCGGCCUCACAAAUGCACUGUAUGUGACAAAGGUUUUAUCACUACUUCUAACCUAAAUAAACACAUGGUUACACACACGGGUGAAUAUAAGCAUAAGUGUGAUGUGUGCGGCAAAGGAUUCUCGGAAAGAACACGUUUCGAAGACCACAAAAACAAUCAUACAGGAGAGCGGCCGUAUAAAUGCAGUGUAUGCGAAAAAAAAUUCGCCACCAAAAAUAGCCUAACCAUGCAUAUAUCAUCAAAUCAUAAGCUUGGUCGAUAUCAAUGUGAAGUGUGCGGCAAAGAAUACUCUAAAAAAGGUAGAUUGACAUCUCACAAACGCAUUCAUAGAUCUUCACAAAUCGAAUCAACAGACCAUGAGCGCGUCAUUCUGGAAAAACAGAGGAAUAUAACAAAUGAAUCCAUAGAACUAGAUGACAAUGAAAUAGACAUAAAAAAUAAUGGAUUUGAAUCCGAAUGAUACAUGCACGUUUCAAAAAAAAUAAUACAAAUAUACGUUCAAAAAAAAAAAAAAAUAGGUCGUUAUUAUAAAUAAUACAUUGAUCGUGUUUUACAAAUAUAUAAAUCAGGUGUACAACUUUGCUUCCACCGUUUUUUAUCCAAAGUUAAAAGCUUUAUUGCGAAAAGUGCUUACAGAUGUAUUAUUCAAAGUAUUGUCCGUCGUCUUUCCGACAAUUUUCGGAUCCCGGCUCGAAAAAAGGAGUCCUCUUUUGACGCUAUCCAUGAAGCAAUCCAUUUUUCCAACUCUUCGAAGGAUUGAAAAUGUUGAUCUGCGAGGCCGUGUGCCAUCGAACGGAAUAGGUGCAAGUCAGAAGGGGCGACAUCUGGGGAAUACGGCGGGUGGGGCAAGACUUCCCAUUUCAGCGUUU